UAGGUCACUGCUUCAUGUCGAUAAUACUAUUAUUUUAUUGUUUCAAAUCUACGUGCUGUUGUGUGGGGGGACGGGGACGCGUGAUCAAUGCGAAUGACGCGGCUGGUUGAUACUGCGUGCCAGUCGCGGACUCUUUCCAUGCAGUUGAUGCGUGGGGGUCAACGUUUUGUUGCGUCGCGAACGGAACGCAGCUUCCUCGUUUUUAGACGGCUGCAUGAGAAUGUUCCAAAUGGUCGACUCUUGGCUGCGGCGGUUGUCUUCGAGUUCAUGGCACUUGUCCACGAGCUUGCGAUGCAAUUCUUCUUGCAUGUCGAGGAGUUCCAAUUCCGCGAGGAGUUCGUUCAUUUGGUCACACGCUUCGAGCUCGCGCAGGUCCGUUUGAGUGAACGGGUAGAACGCCGGGUCAAACAACUCCUCGUCGGGGACUUCACGCGUGUGGAACUCUUGGUCGAGGAUGACAAACCCAUCGGCCUUGACGACGGCGGGCGAGUACGGAAGGUUGAGGGACUCAAUCACAUCGUCCGUAAUGGGUGUCUUCCACCCGAGCGACGGAUAGAAAGGGGGAGCGAGGACGUUGAGCUUGAUGGAAGGCAUGUUUGCAGGUCCUAGUGAAUCGGAGAAUGCCGGUGGGAUUGGCGCGCGGCGGCGUCGUUGAACUUGCGAUGCUGUCG